UUGAAGGUACCAGAAGUGGCAGCACAAGUUGGUGAUAGUGACGAAGAUGAUAAAGCGAAAAAGAAACGGCGGCGUGCCGCAGAUUCCCCGCUUAGCGAAGAUGAUGGCUCCGAUGAGGAUAAGCCGAAAAGAGGCAGAAAGAAAAUGCUGUUCAAUUUCACCGAAACCGAAGUACGGAGAUUUGUGCGAAGUUUUCGAAAGUUUGCUGAACCGCUCAGCAGGCUUGAAGCAAUUGCACAAGACGCUGAACUGGAAGAAUUUAGCAAAAGUGAGCUUGAACAGCUUGGCACUGAGCUGCUUGCUGGUUGCCGGAAGGCCCAAAGUGAAUAUGAAUCAACGGUUAAGGAGGAAAUAAAGAAACCUGCAGAAGAUGGCAAAAAGAAACAGGAUCGUGGCGCAGUUUUCAAAUUUGGUACAAUAGACGUGUAUGUUCGGCCACUGCUGAAAAUGCAGGCAGACCUGGUGCCGUUAAAUGAACUUGUAAAAAGUGCUGGCGACGUGAGGCUGCUGCAAAUUCCUGGCCAUCCGAAGAUACAGAAAGGUUGGGACGUGCAGUGGGAAAUCGAGGAUGAUGUGGCACUGCUGAAGGGUGUCUACCGGUACGGUCUGGGAAGUUGGGAAGCAAUCAAAAUGGACCCCGAUUAUGGAUUGGCUGAAAAAAUAUGGUUGAAAGACAAAAGUAAGAAACCUCAAGGAAAACAUGUUCAGGCGAGAGCGGAAUAUCUCCUGAAAUAUCUCUCACGCUAUGCGAAGGCUACUGAACGACGUAGUUCAGUUAAAGUGAGAGCAUCGAAGAAAGCCCAUCUGGCUGCGUCGUCAGCUACAGCAGGAUCAAAUGUAAGUUUUGAAAAAGUUUUGAAAAAGAAAAUGAUUGAGGAGAAAACACCGCCUGUAUUCGGCGAGGUAACUGCAAUUUUUUGUUUUUUUUUGGUACGACGGCAGGUCGUCAGAGACGCGCUGCAUGGAAUAGCUAAUGGCGAAAUAAAUAUAAAUUCAAAAUUACGAAACAAAAAACGAUACAAUGAGGUGGUAUGGACACCUACUGAUCUGUUGCAGCGCUAUCGUAUUGCGGCAAAAGAUCGAGCAAAUCACGAAGGACAUACGCACCGGAAACAUCAUCGCCACCACCACCACCAUCAUCGUGAAGGUGAAAGCAGCCGCGAUAAUGGAAAAUCGGCAAGCGGUACAGGGCCAUCUACAGCACCGAGAGAAGAACUAAAAAUCAACACCGCAUCAACAACAGCUGCGGACUGUAUAAGUGCUAGAAAUACGGUUGAUUUACGCAUGGGUAGCAGUGGACAUCCACGUGAUCCGCGGCAGAACAGAGCAGCAGAACAUCAUCAUUCAUUUAGGAAUGAGCCAGCGAAUUGGGAAGAAAAUCCAUCAUACAUUGCUUUGAAUUUUUCGGAUGCAUCACAUAGGUGUACAGUAAAAUUACCAAGGCAUCAAAACCUCCCGGGCCAUCGAUAUGCGGUCCCACUGUUGGUGAUGUUAAGAUCGAAACGUCUUAUCUCACUCUUACCACCAACCUUCAUUAGCAUCACACAAACGUACAAUGAACGAAGUUCCCACUGGGAACGGAAGUAUUCGGAGUCGAAUCGUGAUCGCGGUGAUCGCGACUACCGGAAGGAAUUUCGCCAUGCACAAGCUCCCCAGCCGUGCAACUCUCCGAUGCCACGAUGGCCUGGACCGCUACCACCGCCGUUGCCGCCUGGCUUUCCAAACCAGCCGGUGCCACCGUUCCUGAAUGGCCCAAUUCCAAAUUUUGCACCGAUUUGCCCACCGUCUGGAUUUGUUGGUACAAGGCAUAGCUUUGCUCCGGCCAACGAUGGUUGCACUUCUGAGCAGUACGUACAGCCCCCGCCGAUACCUCCACGAACCGAAUAUGCAGCAAGCAAUGAUCCUCGUCGCAGCAGUAACAGAGGUGACUCAAAUCCUUCAAAAUAA